AUGUCAUCAAAAACUAGAACGCAACCACAACAAAAAUCAACAGUAAAAUCGAAUAUAUUAAAAUCUUAUGAACAAUGUUUAAAACAAGGAAUUCCUAAUGAAAAAAAAUAUGGAUCUGAUUUUACAGAUGGUUUCAUUGUCGAACGGUAUCCAUAUCCACCGUAUCCGUGGAAUAUCAAUCAAUUACCAUCUGAUAACAAGAAAAUCAGCCAACAACGUUACAAUGAAAAAUCAAGACAAACAUCGAAGAAAAAAAUCAAAUCAAAAUCAAUUUCAAGAAAAGUUAAAUCAAAUGCAUCACAACGUUCAAAAUCAAAAACAAAAAAAAAUCAACGAUUAAAAUCUCAAAAACGAUAA